CCACUGUACUCCUCGGAGAAUGACCCAAUUCUACCCCCAUGCCCGACUUUCCAAAUCUCACUCCAACAGCCCCGGAGACUACAGCAAUGAAGGACUGGCAGCCCCCAUUCGCUGUCGAAGUUGAUAAUUUCAAGUUUACUCCACGAAUCCAGCGCCUGAAUGAGUUAGAGGCACAGACCCGAGUGAAGUUAAACUUUCUGGAUCAAAUCGCCAAGUUCUGGGAGCUGCAGGGGUCCACAUUAAAAAUUCCCAACGUGGAGCGGCGAAUCUUAGACUUGUACAGCCUGAACAAGAUUGUCAUCGAGGAGGGUGGCUAUGAAGCUAUCUGUCGCGACCGGCGAUGGUCUCGUGUGGCCCAGCGUCUGGGCUAUCCGCCUGGGAAGGGGAUCGGAUCCCUGCUGCGCUCACAUUAUGAGAGGGUCAUCUACCCUUUUGACACCUUCCAGUCUGGAGCCAGCCUAGCAUGUCAGCCCGGGCCACAGAUUGACAGUGAGGAAAAAGACCGGGAGUACAAACCCCACAGCAUCCCCCUGCGCCAGUCGGUGCAGCCAUCCAAGAUGAACAGCUACGGAAGAAGAGCCAAGCGUUUGCAGGCUGAGACUGAGCCAACAGAGGCUGACAUCGCCAAGAACCCAGAGCUGAAGAAGCUGCAGAUUUAUGGAGCUGGCCCCAAGAUGGUGGGCCUUGGGCUGGUGGUAAAAGACCGAGCCAACAGGAAGAGAGACAAGGACUGCCUCGACUGCCCCCCAACACUGGUGGUGAAGGAGGAGAUAGUGACUGAACCAAAGCUGGAAUACUCGCUGGAGCACUGCCCGCUGAUCAGAGAGGAGAAGGGAGUUGCUGAUGCCUGCAGCAAAAGGACCAUGAGGCUGCGGAAGGGAGCCACAUCGCCUCAGUUUGCUGACUCCUACACCUGUAUCAUCUGUUCCCGACGUGUGGAGGAGGAGAAAUUGGUUCUGUGUGAAGGCUGUGAGGACAGUUACCACACCUUCUGCCUUAUCCCACCUCUCCCGGAGAUCCCGAAAGGAGACUGGCGAUGUCCCAAGUGUGUGGUUGAGGAAUGUAAGAAACCAGCUGAGGCUUUUGGCUUUGAGCAGGCAACGAGAGAAUAUACCCUGCAAAGUUUCGGUGAGAUGGCAGAUACCUUCAAGUCUGACUACUUCAACAUGCCAGUUCAUAUGGUGCCGACUGAGCUGGUGGAGAAGGAGUUCUGGCGGUUGGUCAGCAGUAUUGAGGAGGAUGUUACUGUGGAGUAUGGAGCGGAUAUUCACUCCAAGGAGUUUGGCAGCGGCUUCCCGAACAAAGGUGGUAAAAGGCAGCUCGCCCCAGAGGAAGAGCAGUACACAGAGUGUGGCUGGAACCUCAAUGUGAUGCCCGUCCUUGACCAGUCAGUGCUGUGCCACAUCAAUGCUGAUAUCUCUGGGAUGAAGGUGCCCUGGCUGUACGUGGGCAUGUGCUUUGCAGCGUUCUGCUGGCACAUAGAGGAUCACUGGAGCUACUCCAUCAACUACCUGCACUGGGGUGAGCCCAAGACCUGGUAUGGUGUUCCCUCGUAUGCAGCUGAGCAGCUGGAGGCUGUGAUGAAGAAGCUGACCCCAGAGCUGUUUGAGAGCCAGCCUGACCUUCUCCACCAGCUGGUCACCAUCAUGAACCCCAACAUUCUCAUGUCACACGGAGUCCCGGUAGUGCGGACUAACCAAUGUGCCGGGGAGUUUGUCAUCACCUUCCCCAGGGCCUACCACAGUGGAUUCAACCAGGGCUACAACUUCGCUGAGGCUGUGAACUUCUGCACAGCUGACUGGCUCCCGGCAGGCCGUCGCUGUAUCGAGCAUUACCGCUGGCUGAGACGUUACUGCGUGUUCUCCCACGAGGAGCUGAUCUGUAAGAUGGCCGCCUGUGCGGAGAAGCUAGACCUGAACCUGGCAGCAGCUGUCCAUAAGGAGAUGUUCAUCAUGGUGCAGGAGGAACGCCAGCUACGCAAGGCUCUGCUGGAGAAGGGUAUCACUGAGGCAGAGCGCGAAGCCUUUGAGCUGCUGCCCGAUGAUGAGCGACAGUGUGACAAAUGCAAGACCACCUGUUUCCUGUCCGCCCUGGCAUGUUACGAAUGUCCCGAGAGGCUGGUGUGCCUCUAUCACAUCGACGAUCUAUGCAACUGUCCUCCCAGCAGGCACUAUCUGAGGUACCGAUACACCCUGGAUGAGCUCCCGGCCAUGCUGCACAAGCUGAAGAUCCGAGCCGAGUCCUUCGACACCUGGGGCAGCAAGGUGAAGGUGGCGCUGGAGAUGGAGGGCCAGCAGAAGAGCACUCUGGACGACCUGAAGGCCCUGGUCACCGAGGCCAAGGAGAAAAAAUUUCCUGAGAACAGGCUCCUGCAACAGCUGAAGAGCAGCAUCGAGGAGGUGGAGAAGUGUGUGGCAGAGGCGGUUCAGCUGGUUUGCACUCGGAGGGGGGGCAGGCCUCAGCAGGAUGAGGGUGCCAGCUCCACCAAGCUCACGGUGGAUGAGCUGCGGUUUUUCAUCGAGCAGCUCCAGGGCCUGCCCUGUGUCAUCACUCAGAUCCAAGAUGUCCAGGAGCUGCUGGAGGAUGUAGAGAAGUUCCAGACCCAGACCCAGGCCGCACUGAAGGAGCUGCCUCCCAACUCGAAUGAGUUCCGUGAGCUGAUUGAGCAGGGUCAGCAGUUAGCCAUAGAGCUGCCAGAGAUCGCCAAGCUCCAGCAGGAGGCCCAGCAAGCGGAGUGGCUGGAUGAAGUGCGGGAGACACUCGCAGCCUCUGGCCGUGUCAGCCUGCAGGUGAUGAGACAGCUGAUUGAGGCAGGAUCCAAGCUGGCCCCUAACCCAGCCAUCCAGAAGGCCAUGGCUGAGCUCCAGGAACUGUUCACCAUCUCCGAGCGCUGGGAGGAGAAGGCUCAGAUCUGCCUGGAGGCCAGGCAGAAGCAUCCUCCUGCCACACUGGAGGCGAUCAUUAAGGAAGCAGAGAAUAUCCCGGUCGAAUUGCCCAACAUUGUGGCCCUGAAGGAGGCGCUGUCGAAAGCGAGGGCCUGGAUCGCUGACGUUGAAGAAAUACAGAAUGGAGAUCACUAUCCAUGCCUGGACGACCUGGAGGGGUUAGUCGCUGUAGGCCGUGAUUUACCUGUGAGGAUGGAAGAACUACCUCAUCUUGAGAGUCAAGUGACCACUGCACAUUCCUGGAGAGAGAAGGCGACGAAAACCUUUCUGAAGAAAAACUCCUGCUACACACUGUUAGAGGUGCUGUGUCCGUGUGCAGAUGCUGCCUCCGACACCGUUCGCAGGAACAAGUGGAAAAAAGCGAGAGAGAACCUGGUGGAUAAAGCUGAUACGGACGGCCUCGGGUUAUCUGCUCAGGACCUCCGCGAUCCUGGAUCAAUAAUCCUGGCCUUUAAGGAAGCUGAACGGAAGGAGCGGGAUGGGAUCCGAGUGCUCCGGCAGAGGAAUAUGUCGAAGGCAGCAGGGAAGGAGCAGGAAGAAGGUGAAACUCCGGGAGGCUGCAUGUGUGGGCAGGAGUCCGGUGGGCCGGUGCUACAGUGUGAGCUCUGCAAGGACUGGUUCCACAGCUCCUGUACCAACUGCCCUCGCCUUAGCCACCAGAGACACCUGGCAGCCUGGUGGGACUGGGACACUAAGUUCCUGUGUCCCCUGUGCUUACGGUCACGACGCCCACGCCUGGAGAUCAUCCUGUCGCUGCUAGUAGCUCUGCAGAAGCUGCCUGUCCGUCUACCAGAGGGUGAGGCGCUGCAGUGCCUGACCGAGCGGGCCAUACUGUGGCAGGACCGGGCACGGAGAUCCAUGGCCUCGAAGGAAGUGACUGCUCUCCUCGAUCAGCUCACGGAGCUCCGGCAGCAACUCCACAACCAGAUGGUGAAGGACACCAUCGCCCUGAAGGAGAGGAGCCGUACAGUACGCCACCACAGCAAG